UCAACCAUCUACGCCCGAGCUAUCACACGCACCCCCCAAUGCCCUCUGAAACCAUCUGGUCGAGCACCGCCAGCGGCGGCUCGCCCGUGCAGGGUGCCUCCGGGUCCAACCCUGGCACCUCGGGUCUGUCCGUGGGAAGUGUUCAAUACCGCACUGUUCUUGAUCAAGUCGACCCCUCUGUGGCCAAGUAUUUUGCCGAGUCUGUCACCAGUGGAUCCCAUGGUGCGCUCAGCGGCGCUCCGUCGUCGUCCUCCUCGUCGGUAGCAGGCGUCCCCAUGCACGCCCCGGGCGCCGUGGGCCGUCGUUUCUCCUUCAAUGACGGUGGCGACAUUGACGCUCCUUUCUUCCUCCCACGCGGUUCUCUUCUGGCCAAUCUUAAUGGACAUUCGCAUGCUCAUGCUCAUGGCCAUUCCCAUUCUCACAACCCGCAUGCGGCCGGUGGGUCUCAGAACGGUCAGCCUGCCCAACUGCGGAUCUUUGGUGCUGCGUCCAUUUCGGGUGGCAUUGCCAGUAGACAUCCUCCUCCUUCAGACAGUUUUUUAAGAAAGUUUGCCUCGGUGGCUGAUGCCACUAGAGAGAGUACCACCACCGUAGGUGGUGCUGGUGGUCAGUCUGUGUCUUCAGUUGCCACCUCGGGAGUAAAUGUCGCUCCUGGUGCGGUCUCUGCCACUGGCUCGGUCUCUGCCACUGCCACUGCUAACGCAGCAGCAGCAGCAGUAGGAGGAGACUACCCACCAGUCUUCUCCUCCCCCAACGGCUCACUCAAUGAAAACCUCAACAUCCCUCCGUCGCGCACCUCACGCCAUCAAUCCAUCCUGGAGAAGAUUGACAAUUAUAACAACACUUCUCCAAUCCAAGCCCAUGCUGUGCUUUCACCAACGUCCCACUCGGGCCACUCCUCAUCCGCCCAGACCUCGGACAGUGGCACCGGUCCUCAUGGAGCCGGCACCUUCUGGAACCCGGCCACGGCCACCUCCUUCAUUCCUGGAGGUGGGGCCCCAGGAGCGGCAAUCCCCACCCAUUAUGGCUAUUUUAUGGACCCAAGCGCGGUUUUCCCGGCUUUCCAAAUGUAUGGAAGACCGGGCGCGCCUCCACCGGCCACCACCGCGGGUGGUGCUGGGCCUGGAAUGCCUCAUCCUCAUGGUCUUCCUGGAGUCCCCGGGAGUCCUAACGGGGUCCCCAGUACAUUCAUGAUCCCUUCACCUCCUCCAUUCAUGGACCCGGGCUUUUACCAACGUCUGGAGAAAGAACUGGCCGAAACAGAAGAUCUGGAAGGUCUGGACGAGAAUAAGAAGUCUCCCACCAAUGCCCAGCAGCAACUGAAACUGAAGGGAUAUCCUUAUGCUCCUCAUCAGCCUGGAAUUGGAUAUGCUAGAGGGUUCCCUAGCCCUGGGUUCAUGUUCCCUUUUUAUGAAGCAGGUACUCCACCAACACAAACAGCACAACUAGCAACAGCAGCACCAGGGCCAGCAGCAGCAGCUUCAGCUUCAGCAGGUGCUUCAGCAGGUGCAGGACGUGCUAAUGGAGGCUCUGGCUCGAAUUCUGGUUCAGCCUCGGCUUCUCCAUCUGUAGGUGAAUCAACAGGACUUGGGGGUUCUGGUCCAGGUGCUACCUCAGCUGCUGCCGCAGCUUCGGCAGCUUCGGCAGCUUCGGCAGCCGCCAAGCGCAAAUCCAAACCUAAACCAUCCCAUAUCUACCGUUCACCCCUCCUUGAAGAAGUCCGGUCCAACUUCAAAGGCAAGGAAUACUUCCUCAAGGACAUCUAUGGACAUGCGAUUGAAUUCACCAAGGACCAACACGGGUCGAGGUUCAUUCAACAGCAACUCCCCACCGCCAGCGCCGAGGAAAAGGAGGUGAUCUUCAAUGAAAUCAGAGACAUCUCGUACGACUUGAUGACCGAUGUGUUUGGCAACUAUGUCAUACAAAAAUACUUUGAAUUUGGAUCCACCACCCAGAAAAAGAUCCUUCUUGAGUACAUGAUUGGCCACAUCUACGAGCUCUCGUUGCAAAUGUACGGUUGUAGAGUGGUCCAACGAGCCUUGGAGGCUAUCGAGCUCAAAGAUCAAGUCCGUGUAAUCACAGAACUUCAAGACUACGUCUUGAUCUGUGCCAAGGAUCAGAAUGGGAACCAUGUGAUCCAGAAAUCGAUCGAAAGGAUCCCAUUCUCCCAUAUCACCUUCAUCCUUGAGGCCUUGGAUAACCAGAUCUACCAUCUUCUGACCCACCCGUACGGAUGUCGUGUCAUCCAACGACUUCUCGAACACCUGGACGAACAGGAUCAAACAAAGAUCUUGAACGAACUCAAUCGGUUCAUCUUCUACCUCAUCCAGGACCAGUACGGGAACUACGUCAUGCAACACAUCCUCGAGAGAGGGAACCCUCGAGACCGCGAGGAGAUCCUCAAGGUUGUGUUGGGACUGGUGGUGAACUUUUCAAAACACAAGUUCGCCUCCAACGUCAUUGAAAAAUGCAUCAAGUUCGGCACGCUUCUGCAACGCAAGCGGAUCCUUCACGAGGUCAUGUUGGGCAACGAGGACACCAGCGUCGACGUGGUGGGCGACCUGCUGCCGUUGGCCCUCAUGAUGAAGGACCAAUACGCCAACUACGUCAUCCAGAAGCUUGUCGAGGGCUUUGACGCCCGCAGCGACGAGAAGAAGCUUCUCGUGGCCAAGCUUCGCCAGUACUUGAAACAGAUCUCCCUGAAGAACAACUACGGCAAGCAUUUGGCUCUGGUGGAGAAGAUGAUCAUUGUUGCGGAGACUGCUCUUGGAGAGGCCGAGAAGUCUUCGUGAGAGAAGGAGAGAGAGAGAGAAAGGGGAUGAGCUUCCGCUAGGGAGUCCAGCCAGCCAGCCGCUCCGCUGGCACUCCGUGGGCCACUGGCCGUGGAGGCCUUGUUCCUCUGGCGAGGAAGGGUGUGAUACCUGGCCACUAAAUAUUCUUGUCUGUUAUUUUAUUAGCCCAAGGGCUUUUCUAUCUUGUUUAUAUGUGUAUAGUCUAUAACGCGGCCCAGCCGAC